AUGUUAACGCGGACGGCCACGCAUGCGAUAUCGCCGAUGACAACGCAGAGGUCGACCCAGACGGCCACGACUUCUCAGGCGCUGGUCUCGACCACAGUGACGUCCCCAGUGGCGGCAGGUGACACCGAGCUGCCUGUGGAGUCCACAGCCGGCUUCGUCGUCGGCGCCACCGUCCUGGUCGAGGGCGGAGGCCACCGCGAGACCGGCAUCGUGGCCGGCCUCGGCUCGAUCGUGCUGGCGGUGGGCCUGGCGCACGGCUACCCUGCCGGGUCCACGGUCAGCCUGCACCCCGCCGACGACUCCACCGUCGCCGCGACCCCGGCCCCCGCCGCGGCCGACGACGACCUCGACGACACGCUCGAGCCCCACCUCCUCCACGCUGCCAUUGCGGGGCUGGUAUUCGGGCGCGCGGUGGGCGCCUGCUGCUGGGUGCGCGUGGGCUGCCCUGGGCUGCUCAAAGGUGUCCGGGGCCGCGCCGCCCGCGAGAGGCCGCGGGGGCGGCCGAGGCUGCAGGACCCCGUCGUCUUCCCCGGAGAGGAGAACCCCUGGGUUCCGCCGACGACUGCGAUGCAGCCGUGCAAGCAGGCGACGUCGCAGACUGCCGAGCUGCGGCUGACGGUGGAGGACGACCCCAAGCCCACCGACGACCCCCUGUCGGUCCUCGACCAGGAGGUCCUGGGCCGCGUAAUCGACGUGGCCAUGAAGCUGCGCAGGAUCUGA